CAACGAAAUGACAAACUUUAUCCCAAUCCCUACACCACGCUCAAGCAGUCCACAUGACGCUGUCAGAGCCAGUGAAGUUGAUAUCGCUUCUUCUGCAUCACCAAAAGCAUUAGUCAAUAGAAACAUCUUAGCUGCUGCUUUGGAGCAAUUCAAGCCAAAGUCCGACCAGCCAUUCAAAACUGAGCAGCUCCGUAUUCUUCUCUUAGAGAACGUCAGCCAAGGUGCAGCUACACAGCUCCGUGAAGCUGGAUUCCACGUAGACCACUUCGCAAAAGCUUGGUCCGAGGAGGAACUUCUCGCCGGUAUCGGACAAUAUCACGCAAUCGGUAUUCGUUCAAAGACAAAACUCACUAGCAAAGUCAUUAAAGCAGCUUCAAAGUUGCUAGUAAUCGGUUGCUUCUGUAUUGGUACCAACCAGGUUGAUCUCUCCGCAGCUGCCAACUCUGGUAUUUGCGUCUUCAACUCACCAUAUGCAAACUCACGCUCAGUCGCUGAAUUGGUCAUUUCAGAAGUUAUCGCACUCUCCAGACAGUACGUAGAUAGAUCAAAUGAACUCAAGCAAGGUACUUGGAACAAGGUCAGCUCUGGCUGUUGGGAAAUCAGAGGUAAAAUUUUGGGUAUCGUUGGUUACGGCCACAUUGGUAGCCAAUUGUCUGUCUUAGCAGAAGCAAUGGGUAUGAGCGUUUUGUACUACGAUGUUCUCCCAAUUAUGCCUCUUGGUCAAGCCAGACAAGUCGACACUUUGGAACAACUCCUCUCAUCAUCUGACUUCGUCACUUUACACGUCCCAGAGUUGCCAGAAACUAAGAACAUGAUCGGAGCAAAGGAGCUCAGCCAGAUGCGUAAGGGUGCUUACCUUCUCAACAACGCUAGAGGUUCCGUCGUUGAUUUGGGUGCAUUGGCAGACGCACUCACUUCUAAACAUCUCGCCGGUGCAGCCGUAGAUGUUUUCCCAGCAGAACCAAAAGGAAACGGUGCAAACUUGUUCACAGCUGAAUUAGGUCCAUUUGCUGAGAAAUUACGUCAAUGUCCAAACCUCAUUCUUACACCACACAUUGGUGGUUCAACUGAAGAGGCUCAACGUAUGAUCGGUAUUGAAGUUGGUACCUCUCUCUUCAAGUACUUGAGCUACGGUACAUCUAUCAACGCUGUACAAUUCCCAGAAGUUGACUUGAGAAUACCUGCUAAGCCAAAGGAAGGUGAAAACCGUCAAGCAAGAAUCCUUCACGUACACAAAGAUGAACCAGGUGUAUUGAAGGAAAUUAACGCUAUCUUGUCAGAUGAAAAUACUGGUCACUUUAACGUUAGCAAGCAAUACUCAGAUUCUAGAGAUGGUAUCGCAUACCUUAUGGCAGACGUUACAGAUGUUAGCGAAGCUGAUAUUGGAUCUAUCUUUGAUAGAAUUUCAUCGACUAAGCAAAACAUUCUCACUCGUAUUUUGCAUUAAAAUCGGUCUUUCAUAAAUAGAGUCAUAGAUGAUGGAUAUUUACUUUCAACAUACGCAGCUAGCAAUUAGAUAAUUCUGCAACAACUUUUUAGGAUUCAACAGCCAUCUCAUUUUCCUUUUGUUACAAUCAAUUGAUAUAAAUUUGUAUAAGUA